ACAAGUCGAUUGUUCACAAAAUUGAAAAAUGAUGAUACGUACAGAUAAAAUUUAACUUGAAAGCGAUAAGAUGGUUUGGCGAAAAUUGACAAUAGCUAUAUUUAUUUGUAGUGUACAUAGUAUUUUAACACUCUGGUUUCCAAGUAUAGAGAGGAAUAACACAAAACCGUUGCAACAGUCUGACGGUAAAUGUGUGGACGAGUGCAGCGUUUUAUAUUGCAAGGCCGAAUGUCUAGGUCAUGAAUCUGUAGCUAAAUGCUCUAGCAGUUUCUGCUCUUCGACGGCGAGGGGUUCACUCGCUAAGGCAACGUGCGAUGGACCCAAAUGUAAAUCUUUGUGCACUGAGAGGAAAUGUGAAUCGGAGUGUUUUGGUGGCGUUUGUAAUUCGGAGUGUAGCGGUGUCGAGUGCAAAUCAGUUUGUUACGGAGGCUUAUGUACGUCGAAGGGCGUAGGUAAAAAUGUAUACACUGCGUGCGAAGGUGGAACGUGUUUUUCUAAUGCAUCAGGGACAGAUUCGAAAUCCAAAUGUACGGGUGAAACUUGUACAGCCGAUACCACAGGAGAACGAUCAGUCGUUUCGUGUUCUGGUAACGUCUGUCAAGCAAAGUGCUAUGGUUUAUCCUGUCAAGCGAGUUGUAAGGGAGAAUUUUGCUCGUCUAAGUGUGCGGGAAAGGGUUGUACAAUGAUGUGUAAUGGUCAGAGCUGUCUCGAAGAAAAGGAUUCGAAGAAAGGAAUGGGUCUGCGUUUGGUUAAGGUUGAUUUCAGCGCUGAUAUGUCGGAUUACAUGAAUACACAUAAAUAACAUGUGUUCUCUACAAAUACUUUAAAUUCUAUGGCAUACUGAUAUUGAAAAUUAAAUUUCUUGAUAAUUAAAUUCAAAUAAUCUUUUCAUUUAAUGUUUGUUAUCAUAAUAAUUACUGCUCGAUUUAUUAAUAUUGUUUUCGAUAGAAAGAACUGGACUUAAACUUAAAAAACGUUUUACAUAUUGGACUUAAUCUUUUAUAAAGUUAAAUCUAUGAACAUAAAUUACUUGCACUAGCGCUCCGGAGACGAAACCUCUCAGCAUUCCAUGGAUUCACCGUGCGGGUGCCGGGUCCAUCGCGUUGCAGGGAGA